UUCAAAUUAACGGGUAUUUUUAUGGCGUUUUUUGUGUGUUUUGUGUUGCUGACAGAAGUUAUAAUGAAAUAUUAAAAAUUUCUGGGGUUCUCUUUCGAUACGAAGCAUUUUCAAACGUUCCUUAACAUAUAAGCCCAAAAUGACUGCAAAGGAAAAUAGAACUAACGAAGAUGAUUCUGAUGAAGAGUUAGCAUUCUCCGAUGAUGAUGCAACAUUCGUUGAUGGUAUCAGGAUACCUCCUCCAACAAAACCAACACUCUCAUUCGAUCCAACUGGACCACGUCUCAUAAUCACCAAAAUAGACAAUAACUUCUUCAAGAGCUAUGCAAAAGGUCAAGUACUUGGGCCUUUCCAUAAGUGUUUCAAUGCCAUAGUAGGCCCUAAUGGAAGUGGUAAAAGCAAUGUCAUCGACUCUUUACUAUUUGUUUUUGGAUAUCGUGCUACAAAAAUUAGAUCAAAAAAGGUAUCUGUUCUACUACACAACUCUGCAAACUAUAGAAAUAUCCAGUCCUGUACUGUCGCUGUGCAUUUUGCACUAAUUAUAGAUAAGGACGGUGAUGCAUAUGAUACUGUGCCAGGUAGUGAAUUUGUUGUUUCUAGAACAGCAAAUAAAGAUAAUUCAUCCUUUUAUCAGUUAAAUGGUAGAAAAGUUCAGUUUAAAGAGGUUGCGGUGCUCUUGAAACAACAUGGCAUUGACUUGGAUCACAACCGGUUCCUGAUUUUGCAGGGUGAGGUAGAACAGAUUGCUAUGAUGAAAUGUAAAGCUGAAAAUGAGAAUGAGUCUGGUAUGUUAGAAUAUUUGGAAGACAUCAUUGGCACAACUCGUUAUAAGAAACCACUUGCCCAAGUUCAUGAAAGAGUGGACAUCCUGUCAGAGAGGAGAAUUGAAAAACUGAACAGGCUCCAAAUGGUGGAAAAAGAAGUACAAGAACUUAAAGGUCCUAUGGAAGAAGCAGUAGGGUUUUUGAAAGUAGAAAAUACUGUUGUGAGCAGCAAGAAUUUCCUUUACCAAAAGGAAAUUUAUGUUUUGAAUAAAAAGCUAACAAAGAUCAAUGAGGACAAAAGCGAGAUUGCUGAAGUUCAGAAAAAAUUCCUGGACACCUUAGCAGACAUAGAGCACAAAAGGAAGGAGAAAGCGAAGGACUUACAUGUAGAAUCAGCGCGAUAUGAAGCUCUUCAAAAAAGGAAAGAAGAACUUAAUGAAGCAUUCAAUAAUGCAAACAAAAAAGACAUUCAGCUACAAGAAAACAUGGUACAGAUGAAUACAAGGCGUAAGAAAACUAAAGAGCUGCUAGCUCAGGAGAAAAAGAAAUUGGAUAAACUAGAAAGAACUCCAGAGGAAACAGAAAUGGGAAUUGCCGAAUGUGAGAAAAAAGAAGCAGAGCUGACGGCUAAAAAGGAAAAGCUAGAUGAAGAAAAAGCAAGAGUUUUAGCUAGCAUAAGAACUGAAACAGAGGCAUUGCAAGAAAAAAAGGAAGAAAUUCAAACAGACUUAGUUGUGUUGAAAAAAACUGUAGAUGAGACAAAAGCGGCGCUCGCAUUAGCAGAGUCGGAACUGAAAAUAUACACAAGCAACGAAGAUGGAGCUAGAACCGAAUACGAAGACGUGAAAACUGUAUAUGAAAACGCUGCCUCUACCAUUGAAGAACGCACCAGACAAGUAAAUACGUUGAAGAAGAAAAUUCCAGCAACUGAAAAGUCGCUUAAAGAUGCUACGGCAGAGUUCAACACUGUUAAAAUGCAGGAGGCAAAACUUCUUGAUGAGAUUAGGAAAAAGAGAUCCUUCUUGGAAGAACGUCGAAGUUCUAUGCAAGCAAGUAGAUCACAGGGACGAGUUUUGGAUGCUUUGAUGCAACAAAAGAGGGAAGGGAAAUGUCCUGGAUUGUAUGGUCGUUUGGGAGACUUGGGAGCGAUUGAUCAAAAGUAUGACGUUGCAAUUUCUACAGCCUGUGGACCAUUGGACAAUAUCGUGGUUGAUACAGUGGAUACAGCACAUUGGUGUAUAGAUUACUUGAAGAAACACGAUAUCGGACGAGUUACAAUCAUCGUGUUAGAAAAACAGGAACAUCUGAGAGCAACUGCGAAUACAAAAAUAAAAACUCCUGAAAAUGUGCAUAGACUGUUCGACCUGGUGAGAGUGAACGACGAAACUAUUCGCACAGCGUUUUAUUAUGCAUUAGGAAACACUCUUGUAGCUGACGAUAUCGAACAAGCCACAAGAAUCGCGUAUGGGGCCCAGCGGUAUCGUGUGGUUACUCUGGGUGGCGGUUUGAUUGAGACAUCUGGUACUAUGAGUGGUGGUGGAAAAACUGUCAGCAAAGGAAGGAUGGGCCAAUCGGUCAAAGUAUCCAACGUGGAUCCGAGAGAGUUGGAACAAUUAGAAGAAAGUCUGCAAGAAAUGGAAGACAGCGUUCGUGAAUUAAGGCAGAAACAUAAUUCUCUCGAAAAUCAGGUCAAUGCUCUACAACCAGAGUUGAGACAAAUGAAAAUUGACUAUGAAAAGUUCACUAUGGAAUUGCAGCAAUUACAACAGCAGCAGCCACAACUGAAACGUCAACUAAAAGAACUGGAAGACAAAGCAAAUAGUUCUAAAGCAAACCCAGCACAAGUCAGGAAAAUGACUAAAGUGAUAGAGGAGAAAGAAAAUUGUUUGAGGAAGCUUCUGAAGCUGCAAACGCCUUGCAGACUGAAGUUGAUAAGAUAUCCAAGGAAAUUAAUGAUAAGACACUGGGUAAGAUGA